AUGGGGCCCAGAUGGGUAGAAGCGGGUCUGAUGGUUGGGGCCCACUUGGGCUACCCACCUGGCACCCAGCUACUUUUGUCCUCAGUUUCCAUGAUGUCCCCAAAUGUGUUUUCCCAGAUGGCUUCAUCAAAUUCCACUGAGUAUGAGUUCCAAGCUGUUAUAAGCGUCUCAAAUCUGGAACAAUUCCAGUCGAUACUGAACACUCUCAGUUUUCCUUUAUUGAUCAACGCCACUGUGUGUUCACCAAACAUAACUGCAAACAUAACUGGAUACCAGUGCACAUGUGAGGAGAGCUUUGCUUGGUCAUAUAACAAAUGCAUUGACUAUGAGGCCUGUGAUGCCAUCGUUGGUGAUACGUGUGGAUGCAUUAAUGGACUUCCAGCAGAUGGGCAAUAUUGCCAGUUAAAAACCAGCAACCCAGUGCCAGUGGAGUAUGAUAUAGACUUUAACUUGCUCUUGCCAGUAUCCAGCCUGCCCCCAAAUUUCAUUGAUCUGUUCAGAAACUAUGUGGGAAAUUUGUCAUUCCCCAAAACCAUCACUCAGUCUUUAAUAAUUGAAGACUUGAACUUCACCACAUGGUGCUAUCCAAACUCCACCGGAGGAAUGCAGUGUCAGUGUGAGGACCACUUUGGUUGGUCAUGUGAAAAGUGUGGCCUAUACGGUGCAUGCAGUAAUGUCACCUCACAAGCCUGUGGAUGCAUCAAAGGGCUUCCUCCUGAUGGAGAGUUCUGUGAACCAAACGCAAGCGUCGCUCCUUGCCCAACACCACCUCCUGCACCAGUGGACUUUGAUAUAGACCUUGAACUGCACAUCCCAGCAUCUAGUGUGCCCCAGAAUUUCAGUGUUGUGCUCAGAAAUAUUCUGAGAAAUUUCUCCUUCCCCAAAAUCAUCACUGGGUCUUUAACACUGAAAGACUUGAACUUCACCACAUGGUGCUAUCCAAACUCCACUGGAGGACUCCAGUGUCAGUGUGAAGACCAGUUUGCUUGGUCAUGUGGCAAGUGUGAUGAGUACAGCACAUGCAGUGUCGCUCCUUGCCCAACACCACCUCCUGCACCAGUGGACUUUGAUAUAGACCUUGAACUGCACAUCCCAGCAUCUAGUGUGCCCCAGAAUUUCAGUGUUGUGCUCAGAAAUAUUCUGAGAAAUUUCUCCUUCCCCAAAAUCAUCACUGGGUCUUUAACACUGAAAGACUUGAACUUCACCACAUGGUGCUAUCCAAACUCCACUGGAGGACUCCAGUGUCAGUGUGAAGACCAGUUUGCUUGGUCAUGUGGCAAGUGUGAUGAGUACAGCACAUGCAGUAAUGUCACCUCACAAACCUGUAAUUGCAUAAAGGGAUUUCCUCUGAGUGGGGAGUUCUGUCAACCAAUCACAAGCGUCGCUCCUUGCCCAACACCACCUCCUGCACCAGUGGACUUUGAUAUAGACCUUGAACUGCACAUCCCAGCAUCUAGUGUGCCCCAGAAUUUCAGUGUUGUGCUCAGAAAUAUUCUGAGAAAUUUCUCCUUCCCCAAAAUCAUCACUGGGUCUUUAACACUGAAAGACUUGAACUUCACCACAUGGUGCUAUCCAAACUCCACUGGAGGACUCCAGUGUCAGUGUGAAGACCAGUUUGCUUGGUCAUGUGGCAAGUGUGAUGAGUACAGCACAUGCAGUAAUGUCACCUCACAAACCUGUAAUUGCAUAAAGGGAUUUCCUCUGAGUGGGGAGUUCUGUCAACCAAUCACAAGCGUCGCUCCUUGCCCAACACCACCUCCUGCACCAGUGGACUUUGAUAUAGACCUUGAACUGCACAUCCCAGCAUCUAGUGUGCCCCAGAAUUUCAGUGUUGUGCUCAGAAAUAUUCUGAGAAAUUUCUCCUUCCCCAAAAUCAUCACUGGGUCUUUAACACUGAAAGACUUGAACUUCACCACAUGGUGCUAUCCAAACUCCACUGGAGGACUCCAGUGUCAGUGUGAAGACCAGUUUGCUUGGUCAUGUGGCAAGUGUGAUGAGUACGGCGCAUGCAGUAAUGUUACCUCACAAACCUGUGAUUGCAUAAAGGGAUUUCCUCCUGAUGGAGAAUUCUGUGAACCAGUCACAAGUAAGGACCUUGUCGUUUUUAUAACAAGAUGUAUUUUUUUUAUUCACUUUAAAUUCAUCAAAUAUCAUUCCCUGUCCACCAAUGCCAAACACAACAACACCAGAUCCUACAACUACAACACCAAUGCCAAACACAACAACACCAGAUCCUACUACUACAACACCAAUGCUAAACACAACAACACCAGAUCCUACAACUACAACACCAAUGCCAAACACAACAACACCAGAUCCUACAACUACAACACCAAUGCCAAACACAACAACACCAGAUCCUACUACUACAACACCAAUGCUAAACACAACAACACCAGACCCUACUAUAACAACACCAAUGCUAAACACAACAACACCAGAUCCUACUACAACAACACCAAUGCUAAACACAACAACACCAGAUCCUACUAUAACAACACCAAUGCUAAACACAACAACACUGAUUCCAAACACAACUACACCAGAUCCUACUACAACAAAACCAUUACCAACAACUGCACCAACACCAAUUCUAACCAAUACAACAAUUCUGAUGCCAAAUACAACCACACCAAUGACAGACACAACAACAACACGGGUUUCGAGUACUACAAGAGUGCCAACUACUACAACCACAGCGAUGUCAACUACAACAACAACAGCAAACACAACUACUACAAUAACACCAACUACUGCUUCUGUGUGAGAGUGAAAAUGAGUGGAAGCACCAUCGCUGAAUAUAAUGUCACUGCUGCUACUACAGUCAUCCAAACACUAAACAAUGGAAUUUUUGACCAGCUAGCAAAAAUCUACUCUAUGAUAUCAGAUGAGCCACGUUUUCUGGAUUUUAAAAUUGAAGGUAGUGGAUUUUGGGAGGAUAAAGUCAUUGUAACAUGUGGCCAUCCACCAUUGGAUCUCUUUGGUACUGACUGGAGAGCAGAGUGGAGACGUGAUGGCAAUGUCAUAGUUGCAGAUGGAGUACAUAACAUUUCAAAAAACAACAGUCACUCAGUCUUAUCUGUGUCACAGUUCAUUCGUGCUGACAGUGGAAAUUAUGAAUGCAGGCUCAUACGGGAAAAGGAUGAAUCAUUUUAUCGACAACGAUCCAAUGGAGUCUUCACACUCAAAGAGAAACCCUUGAUCAGAGUGGACCCAAUUCAAAAAUUUUUGAAUUGUAGUGGUCAAAAUGUGCCACUAAGCUGCACUGUCAACAAUGACUACAAUAUUAAUUUCACAAACGUGAAUAUUAGCGGUAAAAAAAGCAUUUCCUAUCAAUAUAAAACUGAUAGCUGUACAGACAAAGAGCAGGAUACAAUUACCUGUCAAUCAACUACCUAUCCUGAAUUCAAAGAAACAAUAACACUCAGAUUUUACAAAGGAAAUCCUCAAAUGUGUGAUGAUAAAGAAUUUGGAAAGGCAGUUAGUGGUUCCAGAGCCAGAAUACCCUGUGCAAACAAUGAGGAAGGAGAAAAGAGUGCAUUGUGCAACAUCACAACAUAUACUGAAAUAGGAGACACCUGCAUACUGCAACCCAUUAAGGAGCUGCUUGACCAAUCUGAGGUCUUGACUGCCACUACACUGCCAGCAUUUUUGCAACAGCUCAGCAAUGUUACUAAUGGGAAUUCUGAGCAAGUGGUUAACUCACCUAAAAAUAUUGAUGCUGUUGUUCAAAUCCUCAGAAAUGUAGCCAACAGAACAGAAUUAUUCAAUAUCUCAAUCAAUGAAAACUCAAUGAAGGAUAUCCUGAUAACUGCAGGUGUUCUCACCACAGAUCAGGCAAGGGACUCAUGGAACUUUCUGAACAAAAACAAUGAAAGUAUCUCGUAUAACAUCUCUAACCCUGACGGUGUUAGUUCAUCAUUAUUGCAGUCUCUUGAAAUAAUAACAAAACACCUUGCCAGUUUCAAUAAUUCUGGUAUUGACACGCCUUUUAUCAUCUUGAACAGAACUAUAUACACAAACCCUAUCAUUGGUGAUUUUAAUUCUUCAGUGGUGAUAGAAAUACCACAGAAUGAGGGUAAAAAUAAGUCAAUCACAGUGAUAACAUUUGCCUCGCUGAAUAAUGUACUCCCUGCAAGAGAAAUAGACAAUUCAUCGAUUAAGGUCAUCGGUGGCAGGGUUGUACUUGUUCAGUCCAGUGGCCAAAUCAAUAAUAUCUCUUUGACAUUUGAUAUUUUAAAUGAUACACUGAGAGAUCCAAAAUGUGUCUUCUGGAACUUCAGUCUCCUUAAUGGUCUCGGAGGAUGGGACGAUGAGGGCUGUGAAGUGGUAAAUACAAAUGAAACUGGAACUGUCACCUGCAACUGCAACCACCUGACCUCAUUCUCUAUCCUGAUGUCACCAAACAGUCCAAUUAGCCCAAUUUUGGACUAUAUAACCUACAUCGGAGUUGGCAUUUCCAUGGGUUCCUUGGUCAUAUGUCUCAUCAUUGAAGGCCUCAUAUGGAGAAAAAUAAGAACGAAUGAAACCUCUUACCUGCGUCAUGUUUCCAUAGUUAACAUUGCUGUGUCCCUCCUGAUUGCAGAUAUUUGGUUUAUAAUUGGAGCAGCCAUUUCAGAUGCAAAUCAUAAAAACCACUCAGCAUGCACUGCAACUACCUUUUUUAUCCAUUUGUUCUACCUAGCUCUGUUCUUCUGGAUGUUUGCCUCAGCUUUGUUGCUGCUCUACCGUACAACUAAUGUCUUUGGUGGGGGUUUGUCUAAAGCAUCUAUGCUGGCCAUUGGAUUUUCUCUAGGCUACGGAGCUCCUCUAAUCAUAGCAACAGUAACUAUAGCUGCAACUGCACCAGACAACAAAUAUAUCAGAGAAAAUGUAAUCUGCUGGCUCAACUGGGAUGAGUCCAAAGCUCUACUGGCGUUUGUGAUUCCUGCACUUUCAAUAGUGCUGAUAAAUCUCAUUAUCCUGGUUGUGGUUUUGUACAAAAUUAUAAGGAGAAGGGUUGGAACAACUGCUGCACAAGCAGGUGAAAAGAGCGUUUUACUGGUUAUUGUCAAGAGCUUGGCUGUGCUUACACCAUUUUUUGGAAUAACUUGGGGUUUGGGAGCUGGACUUCUGGUGCAUCCAAGAGACAUAGGAAUCAAUAUUGCAUUCGCACUCUUCAAUUCGCUACAGGGCUUCUUUAUUUUGGUGUUUGGAACACUGCUGGAUGGUAAGGUGCGGUCAGCAAUAUCAUCAUAUGCACGACCGUCCAGAAGUGGGACAGGGAGCACAAGUGCUGGAAACUCAUCGUCAAGUGGACUUCGAUUUUUAAGGAACUGGAGACGUGGAAGAGAUGGCUACAACAUGACAUCCAGUGGAUCCAGUGAUUUACAUUCAGCUAGCAACACAUAAUGAAUGCAGAAAUCUGUGGUUAUUCAGAUAACCAACAAGAAGUCAGGCUUUUCUUUGUUCCUUUUUUCCAUAGUAUCAGUGAGUUAAUCUGUUGUGUUUUUAUUAAUAGCUUAUAUAAUAUUUAAUCCCAGAAGAAUUUGGCUUGGUUUUUAAGGAAAACAAAUAAAGAAAAAUAUGUGUGAUCACCAAAAUAUUUUUGAAUGGCAUAAUAAAUUUUGGAAUUGUAAUCAA